AUGAAUGGAGGCGACGGCAACAACAAGUUGAGCUUGGAACUGGAAAAGGACGCUCGUCUGCCUUUUAUGGAUGGCCCAGUUGGCAAAGAGGGAAGCAAACUGGGUAGGAAUGUGUACAGGAAAGACACAAAUGCUGGCUUCCUUCUCAAUUGCUUUUCAACUCAUGCUUAUGGAGUUAAAGUGGCAGUCAUGAAAGCCAAGAUGACAAGGAGCCUGAGUCUGGCAGAUGUUAACCAUCGGGAGCAGGAAGAGAGGAGA